AUGAAUAUUGGAAUAACCCUCUAUGUCUUGUGUUCUUCAAUUCUUUUCCCCUGUGAGGCAAUUGACGAGAUCCUCGAUCAACCUCACGACGAUCUGUUCGCCUGGAACCUCCAACCCUCCAACCUAGAUGACAUUUUUUUCGGCUCCCCGAGCCAGACUCAGCAUCCUCCUCAUUAUAAUCACGACACGGCUUCUUCAUUUUUAUCAAGCCCACAAGACACUCCUCCACAUGCUUCGACAACUUCUUCUAUCCUCCAACUUGACCCUUCUCAAGCCCAUUGGGGACCUGCAUUCAACUCUCCAAGUUCAUACCCGCCAAUACGUUCCCAGCGACAGGCAUUGGGCUACCAUCAGAUAGAGGAUGAUCUUUCAAUGUCGCAUCAAGAACCAGGAGCUCUUCAAUCCAACACUGAUCAUUCAGACGUCGAAGCAUAUUUCCCAAAGCUUUUGGGAGCGAAGCGUCCCGGUCCUUCAGAAUACUUAUUGUCAUCACCGGCUGUCACUCGACUUCGAGUCGGAACUCAAGAGGACACUCAGGUAAAUCAUGCAAUCUCCAAUCCGCCAGCCCCGUCCGAGCUCCGCAGGGGAGAUGAUAGCAUGAAUGAAAUAGCUCAAACGAUGCAGACACAGGUCAUAUCCCAACCGGUCGGUUCGGAUUCAGCAAGUCGUGGAAAGGCAAUUGCCACGGCGAGCACCGAGACCGCCAAUCCUACACCUUCCAGAAGCUCUGAGUACCAUUUUCCCAACGAGUGGACUAGUCACCCACCCAGGAACAUUGCAAGCGUAUCGAGUUCUGAGCCAAAUGAAAGCUCCGAGGAAAACCUCGAAAACGAGCUGCCAAACCUGAGGUUUACGCGAGACGUCCUUGUUGAUGAGAAUGCAACCGGAAACUAUGGGACGCAAGCCUACAAAAUCGAAGAACUCUUCGAUGAACUUGGACAAGAAAAUCUAGUUCUGCCUGAAAAUGAAGUUGUUAAACAUAUCGCGUGUUUCUCUGGACGCACAAAAGUAAGUACUCAACAAGCAUUAGUUAGAAAAGGAGCACCAGGAAGCCAAGAAGCAGAAAACGAGAUGGGGCCCACACUACUUCUGAAGGAACAUUACACCACUGGUAGAAAAAAGUCGGGCAAGACUCCGACAAGAUAUUCACUCUCCAAGGGCACAAAAUCUUCGUUUUGGACUCAUAAAGAAUUGUGGUAUAACUAUUGGAUAAUGAAAACAGGCGUGGACUUUCGCAAGCAUAACAAAGAUCUUCAAUGUACUGAAUUGCUCGAAAUUUUCCCCAUGUACUUAUUCUUUGUGGAGAUGAUUACGACUAUAAUACCCAGAGCGGAAAACAGACAACUAAGCCAGGCCCGUGAGCUAUCCUUGGCGUGUCACUCGUUUUUUGAGUUAUUGGGCGGAAGAUUCGCUGGCUCAAAAAAAGAGAAAUACGCAGCACUUCAACAGCAAAUUCUCAACUAUUCCACCUCUCCUACUUACUUCAAGCUGUGGGCAUUUUUGAGCUAUUGGAUUGACAUCAAUCGAGCAAGCUUAAUGUCUGCAGUCUCGCCCGAAAAAGGUUAUAUACCCAACUAUUUUAAAACAUUUUUUAACACUAUUUUCUACAUCUCUAUCGAGCAUUUCCAUAAAAUUUAUAAAAAGCUCAACUAUUUCCCAGUACACAGGGAGAACUAA